GCAAAUAGAACCCAAGCAGGUCAAGAUAACCUGAAGAGCUCUGUUCGAACAGAGAACUUUGUUUAUGUCUGAAGACAAGGAGGUUUCUUCAUCCCUCUGCUGAGUGAUUCUUCUCUCAUCAAACACUGAGUCUGAGAAUGAAGCUCCUGCUCAGUUUGGUGCUUGUCGUGGCGACAGCAGGUGGCCUCAGCUCUGCUCCUGAGGACCAGAUGAAAGGUGCCUCAGAGGACAUCCUGACACAGCUGUCAGAAGAUGGCGAGAAACUGGUGAACGAGGAGCUGAGGAGAGCUCUGUAUGGGGUGAAGCAGAUGAAGGAGGUGAUGUGGAGGAACGGGCAGAAGCACAAGCACCUCAUGGAUUCUUUGAAACGCAGCGGUGACAAGAGGAGGGGGGCAGCUCAGCUGGCGAAGGAGGUGAGCGAAAAKCUCGAGGAGGCAGAGGAGCAGUGCAAAGACUCCCUGCAGUCAGAGUGGGAGGAAUGCAGACCCUGUCUGGAGGAUGCAUGUAAAACCUUCUACACCUCCACCUGCCGAAGGGGCUUUGCUUCUUUCCAAGCUAAGGUGGAAAACUUUUUCCAAAGAGUCUCCAGGCGCUUUGGACCYCGAGAGCCCCCCAUGAAAGCAGGGGACAUCCUGGUAAACCAAGAGCCAAAUGAGCCGGAGACGGACGUGGUUCGAAUUGAGGAUUCUUUUAACCGAGUGAUGAGCAGGGUGGGCUCUCUGGUGAACCGCAGCGUCGCCCUGGCUUCCAGGAUGAGCAGCAAGCUCGACAAAGUUCUCCAKAGAGCUUUCCUGAACGCCCCCGAACUCCUGACAGAGGAGGUCACUACUGAUCCCUUCGACCCCAGCCGGGACUCAGGCUUCCUGCAGGGAGUGGGCCUGGAGGAGGUGCUGGAGUCCUUCUUUGACUUUGGCAAAAGUGUGGUGGAGGAGUUUGGAGCUGUGGUGACCCAGGUGUUUGAUGACCUCCAUCAGACAGUGGAAACGGACAAAAAGAAAGAAAGGGAGAACUUACCUCGCUUCCUGCUGAACAGGAAGUUGUGCAGAGAUCUCCGCAGACAGACGUCCGAGUGCUGGCAGCUGCAGAAUAAGUGUGAGGCCUGCCAGGGSGCUCUGCUCACAGAAUGCCCCAGCGUUCGGGAGCUGCACGUAGAGCUGGAUGAAAUUUCCCAGCUGCUGGACGUGUCCAAGGAGCAGUACGACGAGGUCCUGUCCAUUGUCCAACGCCACGCCGACGAAACGGUCCAGUGGCUGAGCACCAUGGCAGCUGAGUUCAGCUGGGUGGCUCAGGCUGUGAGCAACGACAGUGCUCCACAAAAUAUCUUCCGCAUCACAACGGUGGCGCCAGAGAGUCACGAUGAACAGAACCUAUCAUCUGCUGAGACCAAGGUGGAGGUAAAGGUUUUAAACUCUCCCCCUCUCAUCCUCACCAUUCCUGGGGAGAUGGAGCUGCAGGACCCAGCCUUCAUCCAGUACGUUAUCCAGGAAGCUCUGGAGAAGUAUAAGGACAUGGUCAGGAUUGAGGACGAAUAAAAUAUUAUCUUCAUCUUCUCUACUUACAGCACUUUAUAAAUAAAACUACUGUCUGUUUAUUAGGCAUCAUUUUGCUAAAAUACAACUAGUCAACAUCUGUAACAACUAUUACUGAAUGUACAGAAAAGUACGGUAAAUGUACUUCUUUCCUGUUAAAUUGUAUACAUUGUAAAACCCAGGAUAUAUGGUAAUUAAAACACAAACUGCAGGAAACAUUUGUUUUAUGCUUUUAUUUUGUUUUGUACAAAAAUCAUAUUAGCUCUCAUUACUUUAAUUAUUUAUGUCUCCCAUUGCUCAAGUUCCAGUCUUCAAUAACUGAUCAUAAUGCACAGAAAUAAAAGAAAAAAAGUUCACAUCUUUACAGCUUUCAUAUGCCUCAUUUCUCUGACUUUGACAUAAAAAUAUGCAAGUAUUUAAAAA